AUGGCCCAAGAGUAUGCCAGCAAGCAGCCGCAGGGUUUCAAGAACCACAUUGAAAAUGUUGCCAUCGUCGGGGCGGGCGGCCAAUCAGGCAAAUUCAUUGUAGAGGAAAUGCUCAAGAAUGGCAAACACAAUAUCACCGCCAUCACUCGUGCAGGAAGCACGAACAAGGUGCCCUCAGGUGUGGCUGUCAAGAGGGUCGACUACAACGACCAGUCAUCCCUAGUUGAAGCCCUCAAAGGCCAAGACGCCCUUGUCAUCACCAUGGGUGUCACAGCGCCACCGGAUCAGCAGACCAAGCUCAUCGAGGCUGCCGCAGCAGCGAACGUGCCAUGGAUCAUCCCCGAUGAGUUUGGUGCAGAUGGAUCGAAUGAAGAGACAAGCAAGGACAUCCUCAUCGGUCCACCGAAAAAGAAGGACCGCGACCACAUUGAGAAGCUGGGCAAGAGCUCCUGGAUUGGCAUCGCCUGCGGCGUCUGGUACGAAUUCAGUCUGGGUGGCGGGCCCUACAGGUACGGCUUUGACUUCAAGAAUCGAACCGUCACGUUCUUUGACGAUGGCACCACACGCAUCAACACCAGCACCUGGCCCCAGACUGGCCGCUCUGUCGCCAAUCUGCUCGCGCUGAAGGUGCUGCCGGACGAUGAGAGCGACAGGAGCCCGUGCCUGGCCGGUCUCCGGAACAAAUUCGUCUACGUCUCGUCCUUCACCAUUAACCAGAAGGAGAUGUUCGAUUCGGUCCUGCGCGUCACUGGCACCGGUCCGGAUGACUGGCAGGUGGCUCACGUGCCUGUCAAGGAGUACUAUCGUGAAGGAGUGGAGCAGCUGCAGCGCGGGAACCGUGUCGGGUUUGCGAAGCUGCUGUAUUCGCGGAUGUUUUUUCCGGACUUGGCUGGCAAUUUUGAAGCAACCAAAGGCUUGGACAAUGACAAACUGGGUCUGCCUAAAGAGGACUUGGACGAGUUCACGAAGAUCGGAGUUCGUUUGGCGGAAAGCGGCUACUUUGACAACGAGGGCGCUUGA